CAAGAUGAUGUCAUACAACUAAUUAAAAUUCCACUAAUCCCCAAGCUAGCUAGCAGCUAGACACAAUGUCAUCCAUAAUGCAAGUAGAUCUACCAGAGGAUACUUUUCGACCUUACAUUUCACCCAAACGUCCAGAUGACUCCUUCAAUAUGAAGCCGUUAGAAGCAAGAGCACUGUUCCGAACGAAUGACUACACAGGUUUCACCUCUGGUUUCUGCGAUGGAUACACUCAGUUCAACAUCAUUAUUAUUUCUAGUGAAUUUGCUGAUGAUUUUGAGACAUUUUGCAGCCAAAACUCAGGUGCAUUUCCUGUAUUAUAUCGUAGUAAACCAGGUGAAGUUGGAGCCCCUCCUAUUGCUGAGGACUCUAACGUCAGGACUGAUCUCCCUUGUUAUACAAUCCGGAAGAAUGGAAUCAGAGUAGCUGAAGCUCCAGAUUUGAGCCGAUUUACACCAGUUUGGGACUACUUAGUGACUUUCUACAUUGGAUGCAGCACCACAUUUGAUUUCGCCUUAAUAAAGAAUGGUGUUGAUGUUCCUAAUGUCCUUGACAUUCCUGGCUAUAAAACUAAUGUUUGCUGUUCGUCCGUUGGUCCUUUUCAAGGAGUAAAAAUGACGGUUUCAAUGCGUACCAUAGCAAAACAUCAGCUAGAAAAAGCUUUCAUGAUAUCAAAUCAAUACCCAGACUACCAUGGAGCCCCUAUUCACAUAGGUGAUCCUACUCGAAUUGGAAUAAGUGGUGUAACUGUACCUGAUGGAUAUGUAGCUACAUUUUGGGCUUGUGGAAUGACAGUUGAAGAUGUAAUUUUGAUAGCAAAACCAGAGCUUGCAUUCUCUCAUUAUCCUGGUGCGAUGUUUAUUGGUGACAUUAAAAGAGAACCAACCAGUUUAGGUGAUGCUGUGAAGAUUAUUAAACUCAACAAAGCCGGCUGUGAGUACUUUGCUUCUGUUAUAAAUCAAAACUCAAUAGCUGUAUUUGAAGGCAUUCAGAGAGCCUUGGGGAUAAAGCCUGUCAAUGUACAAGUCAAUUCAUCCCCUCUUUUGGAAGUAACCCUUAAACUAUCUCAUGCUAACAAGGUGGUAUUAGCAUACAUUCCAAAACAUUCUUGUCAACAUAUUGAUGUGCUAGGUAUAAUGGUCUUUUGUCAGGCUUUGCUCAUUCUCAGGAAAGGUGUCACUCUUGUGGUCAAAAAAGCAGAUAAAAACCUUUUUGAUAUUGCUAUUCAACACAUGGUUGAGACAUUCCAUGUUGAUACUCCCACCAUUGUAACAGUAUCCCAGAAUGUGACCAUAGAAGAUAACAUUCCUGUGUUUGAUUGCCUACUAAUGACAUCUCAGAAUUGCUAUGAUGCUGUCAAAGGAAUACUUGAUAUUGCUCAAAAAAACUCUCACACCAGUGUCAUAACACUCAAUAACUAUCAUUGCAAAGCCACUGAAAUUGAGCCAGACAUAAUUGUGACUGAAAACUUAGUGAACAGUGCGUAUGCUCUAGCAGGAGGAUUGUAUGUCGCCUCUACCUCUCCUUACCACUGGAGAUACAAGAACUAUUCCAUCAAUUCACAUCAACAACCUCAAUUCAGCGUGGAUGAUUUCAUACCUACCAAUGAUCAGUCACAAUCACUAUGGAAGAUGAUACUGCCAAAAGGAAGCUCUGGCUCAGAAGAAUUACCUAACUUGUGUCCUGUAUCUGAACUCCGUAGUCUAUUGAACUGUAGUCUAUUGAACUGUAGUCUAUCAAUGUAUGCUGAUUUGUGAUAUUUUGGGGGGGGGGUACGUUGGUUGGUUAUGCUGGCACA